AUGGCUUCUCAGAAAUCACAGGGAAACUCAAGCCCCUCCGCGUCCUCGAUAUUCCUACCUCUUGGUCGACGAUCAAGACGGGGUUCCCUUGCUUCUAUUAGUUCACAGGCAGAAAGAGAACAUAGAAAUGAAGCCUUGGACCAGAUACACAAUGCUGCCUGUCAGUCAGAUGAACUCACUGUGUUCUAUGAACUUACCAGUCCGCCUACUACUUCAUCAGCAACGGACAACAAGAGCAUAGUGGGAGAAUUGCAAGGCAGCCUGAGCGGGCUUUACAGUCGCUUUCGAGCCUCAGUGGGCGGCGUUAAAGAUAUGGUUGGAGUUUCAUCAAAAUCAUCAGAAACAACACCAGCAGAAACACCAGCGGUUAAAAGCCCUAACAUCUCCUCGUUUCCCUCAAAUGUACCGGGACAUACCAGCGCCGCAGGCUCCAGCGAUGUGCAUCCCUCGCUUACCAGCUCGGCUCAUGCAUCUAAAUGUCAGUCUCCGGCUCUAGGGACCUUCCCUCCAAUACAAGAAAGGACAGCCAAUCCCUCUAUGGGGAGGUCGUCAAGGAUUUCCUCCAAGGCUGGGAGUGUAUCUUCCAAAGCAUCUGGGCACCCUGGUGGUCCGUUGAAGUCAGCGAUUGCCCCUUUAACAAAAGCCACUUCAGGGAUGGCAAGUCCCACAGUUACUGAAAUCAACGUAAACGCCAUGAAGGAUGUUCCAUACCAUAAUAGGACCGGUUCAGGAAGUAUCUCAUCAAGUAUGCUACAGAAUACCGAUUCCUCCAGCUCGGAAAGACGGGACAGCUCCCAACCGACGUCGAUGAGCCAGUCGCAGCAGGAGCUAGGACCUAGUCACCAGUCAUAUUCACCUGUUUUGAUGACAUGGCAUGCCCACAAUGAAUCUUUUCGGGAAACUCGUUUGCCGGAGAACCCAGCCAUGGAGCGUGCAGCGUCCCCGAAACUUCAUUCUACCACUGCCGAUCGAAAUGGUCUUGCUGAACUCGACACAUCAUUCUCGAAAUCUUCUUGGAGAGCCUCGAUUGACGGAGCGCACGAGAUACUGCCAUCCCGUAGAGAAAGCCAACCGGGAAAUUCCACCAAGUCCAUCCCGAACGAUCAUUCCCCAACUCCAACCUCUGUUACCACAAGCCUUUCCAAAUUCUCAACAGCAGAUAGUUUGGCGAACGAAAGCAGAACACCAACGACUCUAGCGACUUCGUUAACCAUGACGGACAAGGAACCGCCAUCCGCGCACUCGUCGAAGACUUCCUUCAAGGAUCGCCAGGCGAAAGCACCUCCUAAAGUUAAUCAAUCACGCUUACCUGGAUUUGGGCAUUCACGGAUGUCUUCCUCAGAGUCAGACAAUCACCAACGAUCUGCAGCUAUUCCUUCACAUAUUUCGUUCAGCACUGGCUAUGCCGGUUCUGCUGCCCAGGCAAGAAGACGACCUCCCAUCCAGUCACGACAAGAGGUGCCUCCUUUCCGAAGCAAGCUUCUUGGCAAGGAAUUUUGGAUGCGUGAUGAGAAUGCUAAGGACUGCUUCCAUUGCGGAGAGCCGUUUUCUACUUUUCGAAGGAAACACCACUGUCGCACUUGCGGUCAGAUUUUUGACGCAAAAUGUACAUCUCUAAUACCAGGGACAGAUUUUGGGCACUCUGGUUCGAUACGAGUAUGUAGGCCUUGUGAAAGCAAGAUUUUGGCCUACCAGGACGAUUCUUCGGACCUAUCUGGAGAUGACCUGAGUCCUAUUGUGAUUAAUACUCGGAGCCCUGAUGCCAUCUCCAAUGGGAAUUUGUCUCGUUUAAGUGUAGAUGACGAUGCUUCUUCCGUCAUGUCUCAAUCGGUUGACCAUGUGUUAAAAACCCCCACCAUGGCAAUUCCUGCCACCAGACGUACUGGCGAUGGAAACAAUCGUCGUUCUGCCAUCCUGGAGUUCGAUUCCGAUCGGCAGCUUACGAGGCCUUCUUCCUCGAGAUCACUGAAAUCGUCAAUCAAUGGCAGACCACAUUCUAUUGGCCAUAAGCGGCAUCACUCGCGCCACCAAUUCAUUCGCAGCCUCAAGUCCUACCACGAAGACAGAGCCCCAUUCCAGCGUCGCGCUGCAGAGGAGAUGGGCAGGGAGUCUAGGCUUCCAGCCUUUCACCGGGAUAACAUUAUUGAUCCGGAUUUGGCCCAGUAUUUGUCAGAUGAUGCUUCGAGUGGUGACGAACAAUCAAAUUUAUUUGCUGUAGUUUCGGAUGGAGGUCUCUGCAAGAGCGUUGGUGAGAGUGAGAAAGCAUCUUUCAGCGGUCUUCUUGCAGCCGUAAGAAAGGGUCGUUCUCGUUUCGGUGACAAAUCAGGAGUUCCAGGGUUGUAUUCCACUCGUGAUGGCGAUGAUACGAGCGUCAGCAGUUCCAGAGCACUUAAUAUAUCUCGUUCUACGCGGCGACGUAAUUUGAGUGUUGCAAGUAGCAUUCACCAACGCGUAUCUCCGCGCACGUCAAAAGACAGCCAGGCCAUCCACUACUACCAUGACCACACCUUACCAUCGCUGUCAAUGCAAGGCCUACCAGCAUCUGCAGGUUUCAAGAUGACUAGAAGUUCAUCAAUGAGAGGCGCUGGUGCACCAGCUAUUGAACUCAACCGAGCCAGUUUAGACCAUGUCCGCAAACUCCUCCGGCAGCUAUUGAGAGAUGCAAGUAUCCCUCAUUCUAACUCUUGGGAAACUGCUUUGUUGCCAAUCCUUCUUAAAGCUACUGAUGAUGUAGAGCCAGACGUCCAGCAGGGCGACGCCAUGGACAUACGUCACUAUGUGAAACUAAAAAAAAUACCAGGUGGGCGCCCAGGUGAUACAGCAUAUGUUUCCGGCUUGGUUUUCACGAAGAAUUUGGCGUUAAAGAGCAUGCCUCGAAGCAUUUCUCAGCCUAAUAUUCUUAUUAUCACCUUCCCUCUUGAAUAUGCACGCCAACAGCAGCAUUUCAUGAGUUUGGAACCUGUCAUUCGUCAAGAGCGCGAAUUUCUAGAAAAUCUAGUCAAUAGGAUAUCCUCCUUGAAACCUAACCUUCUUCUUGUGGAAAAGAAUGUUUCUGGGCUCGCUCUUCAGUUACUAGAGAAGGCAAAUAUUGCUACUGCGUACAAUGUUAAACCAUCGGUAAUUGAAGCUGUCUCGAGAUGCACACGGACCAGAAUUAUCACCUCUAUGGACAGACUAGCCACCAGCCCAUCAUAUCCCGGCCAAUGUGGCAGUUUCGACCUCAGAACAUACGUUCAUAAAAAUCGCAAAAAGACAUACAUGUAUAUAUCUGGGUGUCCGAAAGAGUUAGGAUGCACAAUCGCCCUUCGCGGUGCAGAAAAUGAUCUUCUCAUAAAGAUCAAACGGAUUACGGAAUUCAUGGUCUAUGUUGUGUACAAUUUGAAGCUAGAAACCUGCCUCAUGAGGGACGAAUUCGUGAAAAUACCCUCUUUGUCAUCCGAAACACCAUCCACGAAGACCAGUGCGCCCUUUAACAUCACUGAGAGUACCGGACAGCCUAGAGAUGCGAGCACCACUGUGCAUGACCAAAAUUCCCAACACAGCUCCCAGUCGGUUAUUACUGACGGCGCAAAAUCCUUCGAUGGUUCUCCCACCUCUCAUAGUCCUGUUUCUGUUAUUGACACCGCUACGAAUGCAUCUAGUCGGGAAUUUGAGCAGACCAGCAGUGCCACCACCGUGCCUGCCUUUUAUGAGGAUAUGGUUGAGAAGCACCAAACAAAAAUUCUCUCUGCAUCUCCUUUCGUGAAGUUUAUGCCACCUUACCUUCUCAUGCGCGCUAGAGAACUGGAGCGGCAGCUUGCAUAUCUCAAACGGCUUCGCGAUCAAGAUUUUUCAACAGAGCAGUUGAGUGAUGACAAAGCGAGAUCCCAAAAAUUUGUCCUCAUUACUCCUGAAAUGAUUCACGAGUCUCUCUCUGGCGCUUCAGCCAAGGUUAAGGAAGUGCUCCAUGCGGUUCACGAUGCAGAAUAUGACAGAGCACUGCAUAACUACCAAACGCAGAAGAGACAAUGGGAAACAUACAUUUCUGGAAACGGCAACUUGUUCGAUCCUUACUGCCAUCAAAACAUUGUCGUACUUUAUAGCCUUGUUUGCACGACAACUUCCGUUCCCUGUUCUGGUCCAGAUAUAUUUGCUCUUGGAUUUUACAAUGAGCAAGAAUCAGAUAGAUUAUUCGAAGCUGAUUUUACCCUUGGUCAAUAUGUUGAGGAACUUUGCCUCAGCGCUAAUGAUGUAUGUGAGGUGAAUGGUUGUGAAGAAAGGAUGUUUAGCCAUCAUCGACAGUACGUACAUGGCGAAGCUCAAGUCACUGUUAUUGUUCAGCCGUACCCAUCCAAGCUUCGUGGGUUGCAGGAUGUGAUUUUAAUGUGGAGCUGCUGCAAAAUCUGUGGCAAUGAGACACCAGCUAUCCCUAUGUCAGAGAGCACUUGGAGAUAUUCAUUUGGAAAAUACCUUGAAUUGUCAUUUUGGUGUGGUAACCUGCAUGCGCGUGCUGGUCUCUGUCCUCACGACUUGCAUCGCGAUCACCUUCGUUAUUUUGGCUUCAAAGAUGUGGCUAUUCGCAUCCAUUAUGAUCCCAUCACGUUACUGGAAAUCAUUGUACCACGACCUCGCGUUACUUGGAAAGUCGAUAAAGAUCUCAGGCUUCGAAACGAAAUAUACAGCCAGGCGGAAAAGCGCUUAAAUCGGUUCAUGUUAUCCGUAAAAUCCAGGUUGAAAAGUAUUAAUGUUGAUAGUGUCAUCCCGGAAAUGGCAGAAGAUUGCCGGUAUGAAAUCGAGGCGCUCAUGAAGCGAGCGAAUGAUGAGCACCUCUCCCUCAUUAAGCUGCAUCAAGAACUCUACAUGAACUCUCGAUACUGGGAAAUAAUUCCUCUGAAUAGAGUUAUUCACGCUAUGCAAGAAAAGGUCGUGGAAUGGGAUGCGACGUUUGCAGAGUUUGAACGGAAUUUCUUCCCUUCAGAAAAGGAUAUCCGGCGACUAGCAACGUUACAACUUAAGCGAAUAUUUCUUGAUAAGGAUGUUUCCGUCACCUCCUUUACAACGACUGACGAAACCGCUGCAACAACCCCUGUUGAGGCAGUGGAAGCAGAUGCGGCAACAGUUCCUUCGACGGCGGAAAACCACAAGUUGGCGAGAAGGAUGACACUGUCUCCCCAAGAGGCUAAGAGUGUCCUAGUUUCAGUGGUGGAAGAGCAUUCGGGUAAAAUCAACAGAUGUAGGGAAAGUCCUGAGCAGUUACCUUCCCCGGCACAGCUCAAUGUCAACGAAAACGAACCCGUCACGUUCCCUGAGAAAGCAAUGGCUUCUGGACAGGACGUUCAGCAUUUAGACUUGGCUAUGCCGCCCAGCGUUGAUGAUCCAAACCAUUCUACCCCCAUACCCGAACCCGCCUCUCAACUUCUACCUAGUAACAAAUCCGAGGGUCCAACCGCCUGUGGCACGGCACCAUCAGACAAUCACGAUGGCGAUAAGAACACGGCUCCGGAUCUGCAGUCACCAGAUGCUUCAAAUGAAGUCCAGGCUAUCAUUGAAGACCAAGGACGUGGUGGUGAUAGCCCCGACCAUACCAUUCUGCACCCCCCCCAAAACCCCCGACCUUCUGGUAUCCCAAGGCCGUCGGAGAAAUCGUCUCGAAAGCCUCCAACUGGAAAAUCUCCCCCCUUACUAAGAGCAGAUUCACACCCAGUCCACAUGCCAGACAACAGUGCGAAUGGGGAGGCAAUGCAACUCGUGCAGAGAGCGGCAACUGGCGGUUUCAACCUUAGGAGGACUGAUAGGCAAGCUGACUCAACUAGUGUCUCAAAGGCCAAAGUUGGUGAAAAGAAGUUUUCGGAACGCCUUGGCUUGUCAUCCUUGAAGCCGAGUAAAUUGGCUUCGGAUCAUCAAUCUCUAAUACCGCGUUCUGUACAAGGAAAAAGCUCACGGGUUUCGAAUUUAGCAAAGCACUUUGAACAAUUGAGCCGUGAAUUUGAAAAGGAGCGUAUGAGAGAGCGUCAGCAACGCGCAUCUCAAAGAAAGCAGUCUCGUGCGUAUCCCAUGGCUUCUUCAAAUCCAAUUGUAGAAGUUUACAGGAACGUGAGAGAUGCGGUUGAGGAACGGGACCCAUCGGACGAGGACUUUCUUUCAAAUCUGCCCUCUUCUGCUACUUCAAAGGAAUCAACCACAUUGGUGUCUGAAAUUAAAAAGCUUGCUAAGCCUGAAGAUACCGAAGAAGAAGAUCACAAAGAACAACCCCAAGAUACGUCCAUAAAACCAGACGAAACUGUGGUACAAGCCAGCCAAGUCCAAUCAGAGGCUGAGGGUGAGGGCGAAGGCAAAUGCGAGGAUGAACACAGUGACGCAGAAAGAAGUCUUCUGGACGAGCUUCAGAUUGUUGACUCAGCCAAAGAAGCAAACAAGAUGCUGCCUGAGGAUCUUGAUUUAAAAGAGCUACCAAAGUACGAACGGACAUCCCUUCUCAAAGUGUUAACGAACUUCUGGGCCGAACGCUCUGCCAGUGGAUGGGCUCCUCUCGAAUACCCCUUGAGCGAUUCCGACCAUCUUUUCGCAGAUUGUAACAUAAUUGUUCGAGAGGACGAACCCAGCUCCCUAAUUGCAUUUGCUCUGGACUCCGAGGACUAUAAGGCUAAACUCUGGAGCAUCCAAGAACAUGACCUGGUGGAAGAUAACCGCUCUGAUGAACGUCAUCCUCCCGAAGUCGAGCAAUCACUUCUCAGGGAAACGGGAACUCAUCUCAAAUACCAGUUCCAAGAAGGCCAGGCUAAGAUGCUUUGCAAAGUCUUCUAUGCUGAGCAAUUUGAUGCACUCCGACGAAAGUGCGGUGUUUCAGAACGGAUAGUCGAGUCGCUGUCGCGUUGUAUGAAAUGGGAUUCUCGUGGCGGAAAAACCAAGUCGCUUUUUCUGAAAACUCUAGACGACCGCUUCAUCCUCAAGUCACUCUCAACCAUUGAGACCCAGGCUUUUUUGAAAUUUGCGCCAGCAUACUUCCAAAUCAUGUCCGAAGCCCUGUUUCACGAACUCCCUUCCGCCAUCGCAAAGAUGUUUGGCUUUUACCAAGUAAUUAUCAAAAACCCUGUCACCGGGGUGGAAUUCAACUGGUUCCUUCUUCUCAUGGAGAACCUCUUCUACGACCGGAACCCAACACGUAUAUUCGACCUGAAGGGAUCAAUGCGCAAUCGUAAAGUCCAAAGUACGGGCGAGCGCAAUGAAGUACUCCUCGACGAGAACAUGGUGGAGUUCAUAUACGAGAGUCCCCUGUUUACUCGAGAACAUUCUAAGAAACUUCUAAGCCAGAGCGUAUGGAAUGAUACUUUAUUCCUCGCUCGCCAGAACGUCAUGGACUACUCCCUUAUGAUUGCAAUUGAUGACGCCCGCCAGGAACUUGUUGUUGGCAUCAUUGACUGCAUCCGUACGUAUACUUGGGACAAGAAGCUGGAGUCAUGGAUAAAGGAUCGCGGAUUUGCCGGGGGCGGCAAAAAUAGACCGACCGUCACCAGUCCGAAGGAGUAUAAGAGUCGUUUCCGGGAGGCUAUGGCCAGAUAUGUGCUACAUGCUCCAAAUUCAUGGCACCAAUGCCAAGUGAUGAAAUUGGAUCGACGGAGUCUCAGACUCAAGAGCCGUGAGCGAGAUAACUUCAAAGCUAACAAGGAGGAAAAUGUCGGCCCGGGAGGAGUCGUUUCUUAA